CAACAACAACAAUCUCAAGCUGAAAGCCAACAACAGGACUCUGAGUCGGUAAGCAAGGGAAGCUCACACUCCAGUGGAAAGAGCAGCCAAAGUCAAAGCCAAGCUCAAGCUCAACAACAGGAACAAUCUCAACAACAACAACAAUCUCAAGCUGAAAGCCAACAACAGGACUCUGAGUCGGUAAGCAAGGGAAGCUCACACUCCAGUGGAAAGAGCAGCAAAAGUCAAAGCCAAGCUCAAGCUCAACAACAGGAACAAUCACAAGAACAACAACAAGCUCAGCAACAACAACAAUCUCAAGGUGAAAGCCAACAACAGGACUCUAUGUCGGCAAGCAAGGGAAGCUCAGCCUCCAGUCAAAGCCAGGAUCAAGCUCAAGAGCAACAACAAUCUCAAGCUCAAAGCCAACAACAGGACUCUGUGUCGGUAAGCAAGGGAAGCUCAGCCUCCAGUCAAAGCCAGGCACAAGCUCAAGAGCAAAAACAAUCUCAAGCUCAAAUCCAACAACAGGACUCUGUGUCAGUAAGCAAGGGAAGCUCAGCCUCCAGUCAAAGCCAGGCCCAAGCUCAAGAGCAACAACAAUCGCAAGCUCAAAGCCAACAACAGGACUCUAUGUCGGCAAGCAAGGGAAGCUCAGCCUCCAGUCAAAGCCAGGCCCAAGCUCAAGAGCAACAACAAUCUCAAGCUCAAAGCCAACAACAGGACUCUGUGGCAGUAAGCAAGGGAAGCUCAGCCUCCAGUCAAAGCCAGGCCCAAGCUCAAGAGCAACAACAAUCGCAAGCUCAAAGCCAACAACAGGACUCUAUGUCGGCAAGCAAGGGAAGCUCAGCCUCCAGUCAAAGCCAGGAUCAAGCUCAAGAGCAACAACAAUCUCAAGCUCAGCAACAACAACAAUCUCAAGCUGAAAUUCAACAACAGGAAUCUAUGUCGGCAAGCAAGGGAAGCUCAGCCUCCAGUCAAAGCCAGGAACAAGCUCAAGAGCAACAACAAUCGCAAGCUCAAAGCCAACAACAGGACUCUAUGUCAGUAAGCAAGGGAAGCUCACACUCCAGUGGAAAGAGCAGCCAAAGUCAAAGCCAGGCUCAAGCUCAACAACAGGAACAAUCCCAAGAACAACAACAAGCUCAGCAACAACAACAAUCUCAAGCUCAAAGCCAACAACAGGACUCUGUGUCGGUAAGCAAGGGAAGCUCAGCCUCCAGUCAAAGCCAGGCACAAGCUCAAAAGCAACAACAAUCUCAAGCUCAAAGCCAAAAACAGGACUCUGAGUCGGUAAGCAAGGGAAGCUCACACUCCAGUGAAAAGAGCAGCCAAAGUCAAAGCCAGGCUCAAGCUCAACAACAGGAACAAUCUCAACAACAACAACAAGCUCAACAACAACAACAAGCUCAGCAACAACGACAAUCUCAAGCUGAAAGUCAACAACAGGAAUCUAUGUCGGCAAGCAAGGGAAGCUCAGCCUCCAGUCAAAGCCAGGAACAAGCUCAAGAGCAACAACAAUCUCAAGCUCAAAGCCAACAACAGGACUCUGUGUCAGUAAGCAAGGGAAGCUCAGCCUCCAGUCAA